CGACCAUGAUCAAUAUGAACAUCGCAAUCUUGGGUGCAACCGGGACAACUGGCAGAUACAUUGUCGACGAGCUCCUAGCUUCUGAGCAUGCAGUCUAUGUCACCGCUCUUGUGAGAGCCUCGUCCGCCGAUAAGCCAGAGGUCCAGGACCUCAAAGCCAGAGGUGUCGCAAUCCAAUUAAUCGAUCUGCAAGGCUCCAUUGAAGACAUGACAAAAGCUCUUGAAGGCCAAGAAGUCCUCAUCGCCAUCCUGCCCAUUGCUGCGACUAUCGACCAGAUUCCACUCGCAACUGCUGCAAAGAAAGCUGGAGUCAAGCGUUUCAUACCAACCAUGUUCGCUCCUGUCGCCCCUCCCAAGGGACUUUCCACCCUCAGAGAUACCAAAGAAGACGUCCUCAACCACAUUCGCAGACUACAGCUCCCCUACACCAUCAUCGAUGUAGGUUGGUGGUACCAAUUGACCCUACCCAAACUUCCUUCCGGCCGCAUCGAUAAAGCCGCCAGUGGUCUUGCCGAACGUAUCCCUGGCGAUGGAAAUGUGCUCUCAGCAUUUACACACAACCGCGACGUGGGCAGAUAUGUCGUUCGUGCGACACUGGACCCUCGCACAUUGAACAAAUUUGUGUUCAUCUACUCCGAGAUGUUGACAAUGAAUCAAGUUUAUGAUCAGCUCGAGAAACUCAGCGGCGAGACGCUUCCUAGAAACCAUAUAUCUGGAGAUGAGCUACUCGCAAAUCUGGCUCAGCUUAAGGAUGUGGGCAUCCGCGACGACAACUUCCUUCAAAAGGCAGUAUACGAGUACCAGUACUCCUGGGGUGUCCGAGGCGACAAUAACAUUCACAAUGCGGAGUACCUUGGCUAUAUGCUGGGUAAAAACCUUUACCCUGACCUGAAGGGCACUUCGAUGGAUGAGUACAUCCAGGAGCUGCUUGACGAGUCGUCUUGAUUGGAGAAGGGAUCUGAGUGUAACCCAUCGGCCAAUAAGUAGUGGCAGGAUGUGGUGCCAUAUGUAGACUACCAACGACAAGUCCAGAUAGUCGUGAUCUGGUUUAGCAAUCAACGAUCAUUCCCAAG